AUGGCGGAGAAAGUGAUGGUAGCCUAUGAGCAAAAUAUCCGAACAAACCUUGGUGAAACGAGAAAACAGGAUAAAAAAGUUAAACAAAAGAAGAACAGGAAGAAAGCAAAAAAGCCUAUCGUCGAAAUCAAUGUAAAGAAAGAUCGGAAGGUUAUAAAUGAAUAUCACACUUUAAACAAAAAAAUUGACGCUAUGCGAAAGAAUCCAUCGAUUUCUAGGGAAGAUAAAGCUUCUAAGAUCGCAGCAUUGGAGGCAAGAAAGGAUAAACUUGGAGGGAUAAAUGCUUAUCAACAGGCUUCAAUACUUGGAGAAGCUCACCACGGAAGUUUCAACUCGGCAAAGUGGGUAGUAAAGCAACUGAAAGUCUUAAAUCUUCGUCUCGUCCAGGCAGAAGGUACAAGUGAUAAAUUACGACUUCUUGACGUUGGGGCACUUGAUAACAAUUAUCAGAGACACGAAAAAUGGAUUGAAUGUACAGCUAUUGACCUAAAUCCCCAAAAUGGUCACGUUAAAAAAGCUGAUUUUUUAACUUUAAACGAAAAGGAAAAGUAUGAUGUUAUUGUGAUGAGUUUGGUAAUAAACUUUGAGGGGGACGUUCGUAAACGAGGAGAUAUGCUGCGGAAAUGUGAAAAGCUAAUCACUGAUCAAGGCUAUUUAUUCAUUGUACUACCACUUCCUUGUCUGAACAAUUCACGUUACCUAAACAAAGGUCAUCUUAUAUCCAUGAUGGAUAGUUUAGGGUUCGAGGUGUGUGUCACUCAUAACAGCAAGAAGUUGAGCUUCUUUAUGUUCAACAAGACAGGACAAUGCCAGGCUCAACUGUUUCCUAAGCAAGUCUUAAGGAAAGGUGGAAAUCGUAACAACUUUGCAAUUGUGUUGUGA